UCCAACGUCUUCUCCAUGUUUGAGCAAGCCCAAAUCCAGGAGUUUAAAGAGGUCAGUGUCAGUCUGCCUGUAAGCCCUCUGUACAAAACAACUCUGCGAUUUACUGCCUGGGUGAGAAUGCCACUGACAUUCCCAGGGACUAAUUCCCAUCGCUCGGCCAUUAACAGCCCCUCUCUUUCCCACUGGCAGGCUUUCACAAUCAUGGAUCAAAACAGAGACGGCUUCAUUGACAAGAAUGACCUGAGAGACACCUUUGCAGCGCUCGGUCGUCUGAAUGUCAAACAAGAGGAGCUUGAUGAGAUGUUGAAGGAGGCCCCUGGACCAAUCAACUUCACUGUCUUUUUGACCAUGUUUGGUGAAAAGCUAAAAGGUGCCGACCCAGAGGAGACUAUCCUCAAUGCUUUUAAAGUCUUUGACCCCGAGGGCAAAGGGAUCCUGAAGAAAGACUAUGUUACCGAGAUGCUGACGACCCAAGCAGACAGGUUCUCCACAGAAGAGAUGGAGCAGAUGUUUACAGCGUUCCCUCCAGAUGUGGCUGGUAACCUCGACUACAAGAACCUGGUCUACAUCAUUACACACGGGGAAGAGAAGGACCAGGAGUAAAGUUUUGGCUUCCUGUUUGUAUCUGUGCUGUAGCCCUCUUAUCUCAGCCCUUUCCCA